AUGGCCAUACUGGUCGACCACGCGCGUAUCCCGCUUCCGACCGCCGAAUCUCUCCGUCGAUCACUGGGUUUCGACCCGCUGGCCCAUGACUCUGUGAUCUUCUUCGAGCGGAAAGGUCGCAGGCUUGCCGGUAACUUCGGCGCGGUCGUACGUGAAAGCUGGUCCAUGUGGAACAAGGCGGCUUAUGAAUGCUUCGCAGCCAGGGACAGAGGAGCUGCCGAGGCCUUUCAGGAUUUCCUGGAAGGCGAGGUGUUUGGAUGGCUGGAGUGCGAGGCAUGUGGACGCUGGCGCAUGUAUCCCCGCGAGGAUGUGCUGCUUCCCAGAGAGGGCUCCGUUUUUGUCUGCGAUCUGGCAUACAGCUGGAACCCUGCUAUUCAAGGAUGUCAAACGGAGCAGGAAUUUUCGAUCGACAGCGUUGGUACGGGCAGUACCAAUUCGAGUACAGCCGCGCCGAUCCUGCCAGCGGAAAGGCCGGCGAUACCGAAGCAGUUCGAGGCCCAAAUUGACACGGCGCAUGCUGAAAGGUUGGGAGGAGCAAGCUCUGUGACCGCUAGGCGCCUGCUAGGGAAUUCCAAGGACGAGGGGAAGCAAUGGAAAGAGAGGGGGAAAGGGAGCGAAGGUCUCGGAGAAGCUUAUGGCCGUCCACCCAAAAAAAAAGCGUCAUAG